UUGGUGAACAAACUCCGGAAACCCCCUGGUGGCUGCCUCCGAGUGAAAACAAAAGUGAAAAUAAAAGCAGCACAAUUCAAGGCUGCAGAAGCAAAUGGGAGAUCGUGAUAUACAGACGUUUCCAUGUGUUUGCUUUAAAAAAAAUCUAAAGCUGUUUUUGCAGAAAAGAUGUGAUCAGACAGGAACAUGCCAUGGACCAUAUGAGAAUUCAUUAAUGGAAAACUACAUUACUGCCAGUGCAUGAUGCAUCCUAAGCAAACAAUAUUUUCAAGACCUGGAAGUUUUAGCCAGAAGAAGCUACAGUUUUUUCUUUUGUUCUAGAGAGGAUCUUUCGAUGCAUGCAUUUGCAAUGGCUAGUCACUGUAGAAUAUGUUCACUGGUAUUAGUGCUGCAGCUAUUACACAUUUAUUCUCUGGGAAUUUGUGGAUUUAAACAUCAAACAGGUAAAGACAAUGUAACUUCCCCUACCAAUGGCAAGCUAUUUCCUUGGAAUAAGAUGAGGCUUCCUGAUAUGGUAGUCCCAAUCCAAUAUGACCUCUGUGUUCACCCUAAUCUUACUACUGUACAUUUUACUGGACUGGAGAGGAUAGAGAUCUUUGUGAGAGAGAAUACUAGAUUUAUCAUCUUGCACAGCAAAGGCCUUGAAAUCACCAGUGCAAUUCUUCUGCCCAAAGAUGACUUGGGGUCCAGUAAACCAGGAAAACAGCUUCAAGUUUUAGAACAUCCUGCACAUGAGCAAAUUGCCCUGCAGGCUCCGGAAGUAUUAACAGCUGGCCAGCGGUUCCUGGUUGUCAUAGAGUUUCAUGCAAGACUGGCGGAUGGCUUUGAUGGAUUUUACAAAAGUACUUACAAAACUCGUGAUGGGGAAACAAGGAUAAUAGCUACUACGGAUUUUGAGCCUACCUCAGCAAGAAUGGCUUUUCCAUGCUUCGAUGAACCAUCUUUCAAAGCCAACUUUGCCAUCACGAUAAGGAGAGAAAGAAAACACAUUGCAUUAUCCAACAUGCCAAAGAUUAAAACAAUUGAACUCGAAGGAGGCCUGUUGGAAGAUCAUUUUGAUGUGACUGUGAAAAUGAGCACUUACCUUGUAGCCUACAUAGUUUGUGAUUUUAAGUCUGUGCAGGCCACAACAUCAUCAGGAAUCAAGGUAUCCAUCUACGCAUCACCUGACAAAUGGAGCCAGACACAUUAUGCCUUAGAAGUAGCAGUGAAACUACUGGAAUUUUAUGAGAAGUACUUUGAUAUUAGCUUUCCCUUACCAAAACUGGAUCUUGUUGCUAUCCCUGAUUUCCAGUCAGGAGCCAUGGAAAACUGGGGUCUCAUCACAUAUAGAGAGACUUCACUGCUCUAUGAUCCCAAGACCUCCUCAGCAUUCGACAAACUGUGGGUCACAAAGGUGAUAGGCCAUGAGUUAGCACAUCAGUGGUUUGGUAAUCUGGUUACUAUGGAAUGGUGGAAUGACAUUUGGCUAAAUGAAGGUUUUGCCAGAUUCAUGGAAUUGGUUUCUGUUAAUGCUACGUACUCAGAGCUGCAGAUUGAGGAUUACUUUCUGAAUGUAUGUUUUGGUGCAAUUGCAAGGGAUUCAUUAAAUUCAUCUCAUCCAAUCUCCAACCCAGCAGAAACUCCUACUCAAAUAAAGGAAAUGUUUGAUACUGUGUCCUAUGACAAGGGAGCUUGUAUUUUGAAGAUGCUCCAAGAUUUCCUAUCUGAGGCGGUGUUCCAGAGAGGAAUAAUUCACUACUUGAAGAAGUACAGCUAUAGGAAUGCAAAGAAUAAUGACUUGUGGAACAGCAUGGCCAAUACUUGCUCUGAAAGUCACUUCUCUUCUGGCAACUUUUGCUAUACAGCUUCCAGGCCCCUUAGCAGCAUAUUCAGUCAUACGGGGAAACUUAUGGAGAUCGAAGAGAUGAUGAACACUUGGACACUUCAGAAAGGGAUCCCACUGGUUCUUGUUAAAUUUGAAGGAAACACCUUAAGAUUGCGACAGGAGCGCUUCCUUAAGGGUGUUUUUGAAGAAGACCCUGAAUGGGCUAACCUGCAGUCAAGGUAUUUUUGGCAUAUCCCACUCACAUACAUCACCAGCAGCUCCAACACUGUUCACAGACACAUAUUAAAAACUAAAACAGACACACUAGAACUGGAGGGAGAGGUCGCCUGGGUGAAAUUCAAUGUGGACAUGAAUGGCUAUUACAUUGUGCACUAUGAAGGAAAUGGCUGGGACAACAUCAUUAAACUGUUGGAUCAGAACCACACCCUUUUCAGCCACAAGGACCGAGUGAACUUGAUCCACAAUGCAUUUCAACUGGUCAGUGCAGGAAGGUUAUCGCUGGACACAGCCCUUGAUCUGACACGAUAUCUACGACAUGAAUCCAGUAACGUAGUACUUCUGCAAGGCUUGGGCUACCUGGAAAUGUUCUACCACAUGAUGGAGAGAAGAAAUAUUUCUGAUGUCACAGAAAACCUUAAGAGGUACAUCCUGCAGCAUUUUAAGCUGGUGAUUGACAGGCAAACGUGGAGCGAUGAGGGCUCAGUCUCUGACAGAAUGCUUCGUUCUGAUCUCCUCGGGCUUGCGUGUGACCUACAAUAUCCUCCCUGUAUCCAGAAGGCAGACAAGCUUUUCAGCAAGUGGAUGGCAUCUGGUGGGAUGUUAAACCUUCCAGCGGAUGUUCUGAAGAUAGUCUACUCAGUUGGAGCACAGACAACAGCAGGGUGGAAUUAUCUACUGAAGCAGUAUAGUCUCUCGAUGUCAGGUGCAGAAAAGAACAAAAUCCUCUAUGCUUUGACAACCAGCAGGGACUGUGAAAAACUGACAAAGUUAAUUGAGCUGGGCAUGGAAGGUGAGGUUAUCAAGACUCAGGAUCUAGCAGCUCUUCUUCAUGCUAUUGCCAGAAAUCCAGAGGGACAGGGGCUUGCUUGGAAUUUUGUCAGAAAAAACUGGAACAAACUUCUUAAAAAGUUUGAAUUAGCCUCUUUUUCUAUAAGAACUAUUAUUGUUGGCACUACAUCUCGCUUUUCCUCCGAAGACAAGCUAGAAGAGGUGAAACACUUCUUUAGGUCUCUGAAGGACCAAGGAUCACAGCUAAAAAUCACUGAAGUUGUGCUGGAAACUAUAACAAAAAAUAUUAGAUGGCUGAAAAGGAAUCUCAACAGUCUAAGGAACUGGCUGCUAAAUAAUCUUUAAACCACACUGCAAAACAGAGAGGAUUUCAGUUUGAUUAACUGUUCCCUUUCACUCCCCACUGUGGUGAUGCAUAUUUGGGGAGUUUGUCAUCCAUCGCACAAUAUAGAUAUGUUAACAACCUCAAUUAUGUACAAAAAGUUUUUUUACUGAUCCAGAACUGGCUAAGGAAAGAGGAACUAUUGUGAAGUCUGUGAACUGUUUCAAUAAUUUGUCACAAUGUAAUGCUGUAAAUACCCCUCUGAUAGGUACAUGGGCACAAAGGUAAAGUACAUAAUUUUUCCAUGCCUUUUUGUCUUACUGUUUGCUGGAAUUAUUAUUUUGUUUUUUUAUGGUUUCUGGCCACAAGAGACAUGAAUAACCCACUUACUAAUAGUUCCUCUCUUGUUAGGUUUAGGUUGAAUUAUCUAAUCAGAAAGGGUGAGGAAUUUAGAACAAACAAGACACUUGCUCCAGACAGAGAGGCAGCAUAGUCUAGUGGCUAAUAUGCUUGACCAGGAAUUCAGAGACUGGAGUUCUAUUUGUGAGUCUACUAAUGACCUGCUGCAAGACUUUGGACUAUUUGCAUCAUGUGUGUGCCCUCACCCUGCCCCAAUCUCAUGUCUCUCUUGUCUAUUUAGAUUGUAAACUCUUCCAGCCAGGACUGUCUUCCCUAUAUGUCUGUGCAGUGCCUAGCACAAUGGGGCGCUCAUCUCAGUUGGAGCCUGGAGGUGCUACUUCUAUAAUUAAUAUUAAUAGAGUAUCUUCUGGGGAAAACAGUGUAGUUCUUCUUCUACACGUGGUAUCAAUUCAGCUCAUCCCUAAGAUGAGAGGGCAAUUUUCUCCCUAGCUUCUUUGCUUGAAUUCUCUUUUUCUGCACAGCCUGAAUAGCCGAAAUGAACUGUGCUAAAGGUGUGGUUUUUUUCUCCUUCCAUUUUUCUUAUAGCCUGUUAGCAAACAAUAUAAAAGCAUCAAAAGCAAACCUUGGAGUUCAAGAAUAAGUAGUGUGGUACUUCAGACAAGUAGUGUAGUACUUUGGACAGCUUCUGACUAAUACAUUGCUUUAAAAGUAUUUUACUAACAA